AACUGGCUCGGGAACUUCAAUUCGGAGUGGAUGAUAUCAACAGAAUCCGGGUUGAGAAUCCCAACUCCCUCCUGGAGCAGAGCUUGACUCUCUUGAACCUUUGGACCAGCCGUGGUGGCCAGAGUGCCAACAUGGAGAGCCUCUACGCAGCCCUUCGCAACAUUGACCGCAGUGAAAUUAUCAACAUGCUGGAAGGUUCUGGGCGACAGAGCCACAGCCUGAAGAGUGACAAACGCUACAGGCACAGAGACUAUUCUGGCUCUCCCUCCCAGAUAAAUGGUUAUGCUUCGCUGCAGGACGAGCUGCUGUCCCCCGCCUCCAUGCACUACGCUCUGCCUUCCCCGCUGUGUGCCGACCAAUACUGGAAUGAGGUGGCCAUCCUGGAAGCCAUCCCCAUGGCUGCCAGCGAGCAGGAUGCCCUGCUGGAGAUGUCGGACAUGCAGGUGUGGUCUUCCGGGCUGACGCCCUCGCUGGUGACUGCCGAAGAUUCCUCUCUGGAGUGCAGCAAGGCUGAGGAUUCGGACGCCACAAGUGAAGGGCGGUUCACGGGGCAAACGCUGGAGGAUGUGCAUGGCGCUGACCCUCUUGGUUCCAUGGACCUGGUGGAGGAAGACACAGUGGAUUCAGACGCCAUGAAUGGCCUGAUGGACAUGUUAGAGCAGGAGGAAGGUCAGAGGCCAACAGAGAGUCCAAGUGGGCAUCACAGAGUCGCCCACUGUUAGCCGGGUGAUAGAGAAGGGCAAGGACAGGCCUGGCGAAUGGGUGGUUGAGGGCGCCUUCAUCUCCAGCUUGUCAGACCUGGGUGAGGGAGUGUCCCUAAGCCCAUCACUCUUGCG